AUGGCCACAGCUGCAAUUAAGACAGCACAGCUUCCGAUCCCUGUUAAUACUGAAUUUGAUAUGAUUUACAAGAUUGAAGAUGUACCUCCAUGGUAUCUAUGUAUUUUACUAGGUUUUCAGCAUUACUUAACAUGUUUUAGUGGAACAAUAGCAGUACCAUUCCUUUUAGCAGAGUCACUCUGCAUUGGGAAAGAUCAGUAUACUGUCAGUAAAUUAAUUGGAACAAUAUUCACCUGUGUUGGAAUCACAACAUUUAUUCAAACAACGGUUGGAAUCAGGCUUCCUUUAUUUCAGGCAAGUGCAUUUGCCUUCCUGGUUCCAGCUAGAGCAAUUCUAGCACUGGAUAAGUGGAAAUGUCCUCCAGAAGAUGAAAUCUAUGGAAACUGGACCCUACCCUUAAACACAACGCAUAUCUGGCAGCCAAGGAUAAGAGAGAUUCAAGGAGCUAUUAUAGUGGCCAGUCUGGUGGAAGUGUUUAUCGGGUUUAUUGGCUUGCCAGGACUCUUGCUUAAGUACAUUGGCCCUCUCACGGUCACACCAACUGUAUCCCUCAUUGGACUCUCAGUGUUCCAGGCUGCUGGAGACAGAGCAGGAUCGCACUGGGGCAUUUCUGUGCUGUCCAUUGUUUUGAUCAUCCUUUUUGCUCAGUACCUACGAAAUAUCAAAUUUCCUAUGCCAUUUUAUAAAUGGCGGACUGGAUGCACAGUAACUGAAAUCCACAUCUUCAGAAUGUUUCCGAUAAUAAUAGCGAUCAUGGUCGUCUGGCUGCUUUGCUACAUUUUAACACUAACCAAUGUGUUUCCCAUCGAUCCAAAAUCCUAUGGAUUUAAAGCACGGACAGAUGCAAGAGGAGAUAUAAUGUCCAUUGCACCGUGGUUCCGCUUCCCAUAUCCAUGUCAGUGGGGCCUACCAACAGUGACUGCUGCAGGUGUUUUAGGCAUGUUCAGUGCUACACUAGCUGGUAUAAUUGAGUCUAUAGGAGAUUACUAUGCCUGCGCCAGACUUGCAGGUGCACCACCACCACCCAUCCAUGCUAUCAACAGAGGGAUUUUUACAGAAGGCAUUUCAUGUAUAAUUGCUGGACUGCUUGGGACAGGAAAUGGCUCAACUUCAUCAAGUCCAAAUAUCGGAGUCCUCGGAAUCACAAAGGUAGGGAGUCGAAGAGUGGUUCAGUAUGGUGCGGCUGUUAUGUUCAUCUUGGGGACCAUAGGAAAAUUCACAGCACUGUUUGCUUCGCUUCCGGAUCCCAUCCUUGGAGGGCUGUUCUGCACAUUGUUUGGGAUGAUUACUGCUGUUGGGCUAUCUAAUCUGCAGUUUGUGGACAUGAACUCAUCACGUAAUCUCUUCGUUUUGGGGUUUUCGAUGUUUUUGGGGCUUACUCUGCCCAACUACCUGGAUGCCAAUCCUAAUGCAAUUAAAACAGGUGUUCCAGCAAUCGACCAAACUUUAACAGUGUUAUUGACAACAGAAAUGUUUGUUGGUGGCUGCAUUGCUUUCAUCUUGGAUAACACUAUACCAGGUACUGCAGUAGAGCGAGGCCUUAUCCAGUGGAUGGCAGGAGCACAUGCAAGCAGUGAAUCUCAUAAAGAAGUGAAAUCAUAUGAUUUUCCAUUUGGAAUGAGCUUUGUUAAAAGAGUUGCUUGCUUCAAGUAUCUCCCUAUUUGCCCAGUGUUCAAGGGAUUUACUCUACGAAAGCAUGCUGGCAACAAAAAACUCCCUGAAAACACACAAGAAAUCAUUGAGGACAAUGUCUGCACAAGAGUCUAAUCGAUUUGCAGUCUCAGUAAAUAUUUCUGUCCAGAAGCUAACACUAUAUAGUGAACAGCCACAAAACAACACUGAUUUUUGUAUUAAGAAAGUGAAAUCCAGCACAAGUGUCUCAAAAGUAACAGAGAAACUGAACGUUUUAUCCAAAAGCAAUUCUGAAUGGCUGAACAAGAAAUCAGUGUAAAACAAACUUCAAAACUAGUACUUCUAAUGAUAUGGACUACUAGGUGUAUGAUCUCUCAAUCCAUAUCACUGUUACCAGUAUCUGAGGGUCAGGGGUUACAGUUCCAUCUGCUAAACUGUCCCAGUAAAUAUUAGUAAUCAAUAACACCAAACAAAAUAAAAUAUAAAUAUACAUAAAUAUAAAUAACUAUAAACAGCUAAGAGUGGGCUCACGAACAUAUGUGAAAUGCAUACUGUUGCCUUAGGCUACAAACCUACACCAUCCACAUCCAAGUAAGCUCCAGACUGAACAACUACAUAGCACAGUUACAGGCCCUAGGUUCCUAGGCUCUCCACCACCUCACUCUCAAAUCAAUGUCUUACAGUGCUAGUUUAUCCAAGUGAAUGCAAUUUGAAUACAGCUAUUGCAUUCAUAAGCAAAUACACACACAGACACACACACACACAGUCAAGCACACAUACAAACUUACAAGAGAGUCUAGUAAUGCUUUCCAGUGCCACACGACUCUUCUGCUUUAUGGUAGAAUUCCCACCAUCAAGGUCAUUACUGGAAAACUCGAGUUACUGUUCCACUCUUAAAAAUCAUUAUUUCAGACAGCUACAGCAAAGGAGAGAGCAGAAGAGAGAAUGUUGACUAGAAAAUUAACAUCAGACUGUCCAGACAAUCUAACACUCAUUUCUUGACAUUAGUGUCAGCACUAUUAGUGAUUUUAUAAAUUGAUUAUAUGAAGACCUGAAAAUCACAACAAAGUGAAUAUUAUCUACACACCUACCCAGGUGUAUGGAUUAGUUUCCAGCACUGACACUGCAAUGCAGCAUAAGGGGAGUGCUGCAGUCCUGAGUAUACCAUUCUUUAGAUGGGAUGUUAAACCAAGGCCCCGUCCGUCUGAACUGAUGGCAGCUCAGAUGGAUGUAAGAGAUCCAACAACAUAUAUCGAAAAGAGCUGGGAAAGUUCCCAAAUGCCCUAGCCAAAGUUCCCCUAAUAGUAUAACUACUACCUUGGAUCUCCUCUGAAAAGAGGUCACUAGUCUAGAAGAACUAAACCAGUCAACAAAGGAUAGAUAAAUAAAUAAAUGCUAAAAGCAGAUGCAGGUUUAUAUAUAUUUUCUUCACAUCACUGAAAUAAUGUAUGUGCAAUUGCAUAUUUAAAUUUCAUAUCUGGAAAAAUGCCUACAUUUUUCAUUACAGCUUUAUUACAGUAUUAACAGGAUGCAUAAGCAGAAACACAAUAAUAAUCCAACUCCUAACAUUUGUUUGGGGGGACUAUAAUGCAGAGCUAGUCUCUAGAAACAAUACUGAAUGUCCAGCUGGAAAUCAGUCCAUCAUUAAAUCAUAAAUCCUUCACACAGAGAAUCACGUGUAAGUUGUUAGAAAGAAUGAAUACACAAAUUAUGAUGCUGUAAUUCAGAACAAAAAUCUAAAAUCUACAUUAAGAAGCACACCAAGAGGCUGUUAUUCAUAGAAGAAUCUACCACCCACUAUGUCCAGGAAUGCCCAAAACUUUAUUCUAAAAUCAGCAUCUUGGCCCAAUACUGAGCAUCUAAACAUUAAACUGGGCUGCAAAAUAGUA